CAGUCGCGUCUGCACCCCGAGCAGCCCGUCUCCUCCCUGGACUCCGCCGCCCUGGCCGCCCUGUACGACAGCAUCCGCUCCGUGGUACGGCAGGCCGUGGAGGCGGAGGCGGACGCGGACAGGUUCCCCAAGGACUGGCUGUUCCACCACCGCUGGACCAACAAGAGGGCUUCCAAGUCUGCGGACGGUCACCCCAUUGAGUUUGUGACGGUGGGCUCGCGCACCUCUGCCUUCGUACCCGCGCUGCAGAAGCUCAAGGGAGGGACCGCCGCAGCAGCAACCGCGGGAGGAGACGCAGCGGAGGGUGAUGCCAGCGGGACCGGUCACAAACGUGGGCGUGGAGCUACAAGAAAGGGCAAGGCAGCGGAGGCAAAAGGAGAUGAGGAAGCAGGUGGCCAGAAGGGGGCGGAAACGGUGGCUGGGACCUACAGCAAGCGGUCACGGAGGCAGGCGGGCGGCAAGAAGGUGGCAGAUACCGCAGUUGGGAAGAAGCGCGGCGCCAGCAGCAGGAAGCGGCAGGGGGAGGAGGAGGAG